GCCUCCUGAUCCUCCAAGAACAUAUGGUGUUUUUCACGAGCGAGAGAUCUUUCCUUUGACUUUGGACUUCGCUUAUUGAACCACUGAACAGAACCAAGGUUGCUAAGAGACCACCUUUGCUGGAUGCACUUUGUUCUAGCAAGAACAGACUCAGAGAAAACUGAGAAGCCGUGUUACCUACCACUACCUGGGAUUAAUUCAGGAAGCAGGAGUAUUCUGGAUAUGACUGGUAAAAACUGGAUAUUAAUUUCUACUACUACCCCCAAAAGUCUGGAAGAUGAAAUUGUGGGACGACUUCUAAAAAUUUUGUUUGUUAUUUUUGUUGACUUAAUGUCUAUUAUAUACGUUGUUAUAACUUCUUAGAAAGCUGAUUUCCUUUAUAUGUAAAUGUCAAAUUGAGUUCCAGUGAAUAAAAAUUUGUAUUUUAAUAUGU